UAGGGGAGGCCGCCGAGGCGUGCGGCGUCUACAAGCCCAAAAAGAUCCCCCGGGAGAGGGAAGGCAUCGAGCGGAGGUUGUCGGGCUUCUCCUUCGAAGGAAAGCAGGAAGGGGGGUGCUUCUUAAACCCUUAUUCGCCGUAUUGCGCUUUCUCGAUUGCUUUAUUAGUCGGUCGAGGAAUCGUUGCGGCAGUGUGGGAGCGUUCAGACUCUCCGAUUGUGGGUCGGUUGAUUUGGGCGGGGCUUGAUGGCGGAUAGAUUGACUCGGAUUGCGAUCGUCAGCUCCGAUCGGUGUAAGCCGAAGAAAUGCCGCCAGGAGUGCAAGAAGAGUUGCCCUGUGGUGAAAACCGGCAAACUUUGCAUAGAGGUCAUAUCUUCCUCAAGAAUUGCUUUCAUUUCCGAAGAACUAUGCAUUGGAUGUGGUAUAUGUGUCAAGAAAUGUCCUUUUGAGGCAAUUCAAAUUAUUAAUUUACCGAAGGAUCUUGACAAAGAUACAACACAUCGUUAUGGGCCCAACACAUUCAAGCUGCAUAGGCUACCAGUACCUAGACCCGGGCAAGUUCUUGGUCUUGUUGGAACAAAUGGAAUUGGGAAGUCUACUGCCCUGAAAGUACUAGCUGGAAAGUUAAAGCCCAAUUUGGGAAGAUUUAAUAAUCCUCCUGAUUGGCAGGAAAUAUUGACAUAUUUCCGUGGAUCUGAGCUUCAGAAUUAUUUCACACGAAUUUUGGAGGAUAACCUAAAGGCGAUUAUCAAACCGCAAUAUGUUGAUCACAUUCCCAAAGCCGUCCAAGGAAAUGUCGGGCAGGUGCUUGACCAGAAGGAUGAGAAAGAUAAGAAGGUGGAGCUGUGUAAUGAUCUUGAGUUGAAUCAAGUAAUCGACCGCAAUGUCGGGGAUUUAUCCGGCGGAGAGCUGCAGAGGUUCGCUAUUGCUGUGGUUGCUGUGCAAAAUGCUGAGAUAUAUAUGUUUGAUGAGCCUUCCAGCUACCUUGAUGUGCGGCAAAGGCUUAAGGCCGCACAAGUUGUUCGAUCUUUGCUCAGACCAAACAGCUAUGUGAUUGUCGUGGAGCAUGAUCUAAGCGUCCUGGAUUAUUUGUCGGAUUUCAUUUGUUGCUUAUAUGGGAAGCCGGGAGCUUACGGGGUUGUUACUUUACCCUUUUCCGUACGGGAAGGUAUCAAUAUUUUCUUGGCUGGUUUCGUUCCUACCGAGAAUCUGCGCUUUAGAGACGAAUCACUUACUUUUAAGGUUGCCGAGACUCCUCAGGAGAGUGCUGAGGAGAUUCAGACAUAUCAACGUUACCGGUAUCCCACAAUGAUUAAAUUGCAGGGUAAUUUUAAACUUUGUGUAAUGGAGGGUGAAUUUACUGACUCCCAGAUCAUUGUGAUGCUCGGGGAAAAUGGAACCGGGAAGACGACAUUUAUUCGCAUGCUGGCCGGUUUGCUGAAGCCUGACUCUGUUGAAGGUUCAGAUGUUGAAAUACCUGAAUUCAAUGUCUCAUAUAAGCCUCAAAAGAUCAGUCCCAAGUUUCAAUCAACUGUGAGGCACUUACUGCAUCAAAAAAUUCGUGACUCAUACAUGCAUCCUCAAUUUGUUUCUGAUGUUAUGAAACCAUUACAAAUUGAGCAACUGAUGGACCAAGAAGUUAUUAAUCUCUCUGGUGGAGAGUUGCAAAGGGUUGCAUUGUGCCUAUGCCUUGGGAAGCCUGCAGACAUAUAUCUGAUUGAUGAGCCUAGUGCUUAUCUUGACUCAGAACAGCGUAUUGUUGCAUCCAAGGUGAUAAAGAGGUUCAUUCUACAUGCAAAGAAAACAGCCUUUGUUGUGGAGCAUGAUUUUAUAAUGGCAACUUAUCUUGCUGACAAAGUGAUUGUCUAUGAGGGAAAACCGUCGGUGGAUUGUACUGCUAAUACUCCUCAGACAUUGGUAUCUGGGAUGAAUCGCUUCUUAUCCCAUCUCGAUAUUACUUUUCGACGGGAUCCAACUAAUUAUCGACCUCGCAUAAACAAGUUGGAUUCUACCAAAGAUCGGGAACAGAAAUCCGCCGGGUCUUAUUACUACUUGGAUGAUUGAGAAGUUCACAAAUCGAUUGAUAUAAAGUUUUAUAUGCUGCCCACAAUGAAACUGAAAGGAGCUCAAUAUAAAAAGCUUCUGAAAUGUGGUCCAGCAGUAAUAUCGGAAGUUUUCAUUCUCUCCAACAAUUUUAUAAUUUAUGAGAAGAGUAAUUAAGCCAAAGGUAUCUGUAUGCUGAGUGCUGAUGAGGUCUUACACAGGUAAAUUUUUGCUCAUCCUUAAUCUGCUCCGGUGCCUGUUUAAGGUUUUUCCCACUGCUUCUCUUCAGUUUCGAGAGAUUAAUCUUAUACUAUUCAGGUUGGUAGAUUUUUCAUCUGUGCUAGAGGAGGUUUUGUUUUUUUUUUUCUUUUGUGAAAUUGAAAAUUUUGGAUUUUGUAGACUUACAAAUGACAUGAUUUGUGUGAUUUAUAUUGUUGUAUUUAAUUAAUGAUAAUUAUGGUUGAGAUUAAAA